GCGUCUGGGAGCUGUCCCAGGAAUCAUGGUGCUGAAGCCGCAGCACCGACUCAGCAGCCAAUGAUCGCAGGAGAAUCCGGGGCUACGGAUGCUUUCACCCAGAGCAGGACAGUCCGACAGUCGGGUUGGAUUUUAACGGAUGGAUUUAGAUCUCUUUGCUUGUUGAGGGGACAUGUCCAUUCGACAUUUGGGAAUGAAAGCUCCGCAGAGACUUGCCAACGACAUGCGGUCUGGCUGAAAAUCUCAUGAAAACAUGAGAAAAAAAAAUGAAUCUGUGAAUCGUAUAGAAAUCGGUAUAGCUCGCCAGGUAAGACGGAUUUUGCUUCCCAUUAUGGCACGCCAUUGAUUGGCUUGAAAAGCCUUAUUAGACGUCGACAGUAUUAUGAGCUGCUGAUUUAAAGCCUGAAACGUGUUUUCCCUCAUUUCCAUUGUUGUUGAAAUAGUCGGAUUUUAAAAUCGAGCGCUAUUUUUGCUUUCGACGCUUUAGAGUUCAUUCUACCACAGACGGAUUUGAAUCUUUCCUUCUGCACUCGCUUGAGAAUCGAAAAGGGGGAAUCUUCACUAUAGAUAGUUUGUGUUGUAGCAGUCUAACUAUUAGAAUCAGAAUCAGAAUCAGAAAAGGGUUUAUUGCCAAGUUUUCACACGAGGAAUUUGUUAUGGGGAUUGUUGCAACACAAUACAAUUAUAAAAGCAAUUAAGGCCAUGAAUUGACAGUUGGGCAUUAAGUGAACAACCUAUAGCCUUACAACUUGAAUGCAUUUCCCCAUCAGUCCAGCAUUUGACUCUCCAGUAGCCAUUUCAUUUAUGGAACUUAAUGGCUUCAGACACUUGUUUGCAUCGAUUAUCUCCAUUUUCUGUUUACAUUCUCGUGGAAAAACAAUAACAGUCCCACAAUAAGAAUAACAAACCUUGAUCAGCACCAAAUUACAAGGCUCUAAAUCCAAACAUACACCGGAAAACGCACCUCUGUGGCCACUAUUUCGCCCAACGACACAUGGUGGGGUGCUUGCAUAUGACUGGGACACAAACAGCACACGUCUCCCAGCACCUCGGCGUGCUGCUGUGAUAUCCUUGUUGAAUUGAGUCCGAUGCUGCGCAGCAGGGGCAUGCUGAAGAGCCGCUGCUGCGUCCUGCUGGGGGACCUGAGGGUGCUCCUGCUCGGGCCCCCGGCACCCCCGACGCCGCUGCCGCCGCUGACCCCCAUGAACGACCAGGACCAGGAAAACCACGAGGCGAGCGUCCCCGUCCACGACAACAACAACACGUUACCGCGGGGCCACCAGCAGCACCCUGGGGACCGAGCAGCGCCGUCUGCGGCGGGAGCCACCGGGCCACCGGGCGCCGGGGAGCGGAGGGUGAACGGCUGGGUCGACGCUGCGGAACUAUCGGCGGCCCUGCGCGGCUGCAGCAGCUCUUCCGAUGACUGCUCUAAGGGCAAGCUGGAGGAGAGGUUCUCCCUCACCAGCUACACGGAAAGUGGCUUCAGGACGCCUGUGUGCAGGAUCUGUUUCCAGGGACCAGAACAUGGGGAGCUCCUGAGCCCGUGUCGCUGCAGUGGGUCAGUUCGCUGUACCCACCAUCCCUGUCUCAUCAAAUGGAUCAGCGAGAGAGGCUCCUGGGCCUGUGAGCUCUGCUACUACAAAUACCAAGUCAUUGCCAUCAGCACCAAGAACCCACUACAGUGGCAGGCCAUCUCCCUGACAGUGAUAGAGAAAGUGCAGAUAGCAGCAGCCAUCUUGGGCUCCCUGUUCCUGAUGGCCAGCAUCUCCUGGCUGGUGUGGUCAUCUUUUAGUCCGUCGGCCCGGUGGCAGCGUCAAGAUCUGCUUUUCCAGAUCUGCUACGGCAUGUACGGCUUCAUGGAUGUCGUCUGCAUCGCACUAAUUGUCCACGAGGGACCUUCAGUGUUUCGCAUCUUCCACCGCUGGCAGGCUGUGAACCAGCAAUGGAAGGUCUUGAACUAUGAUAAGUCCAUGGACAACGAUGACCUGAAGGAAGUCACUGUGGAUAGGACUCUGUCUCAGCCCAGCCCGGGCUACCAGACGGGGAUAGGAGUGUCCACCUCCACCUCCUCUCUCAUGGUGGUGGCCUCCACGGCCGACGGCUCCACUUCUACAACUGUGGUGACGGCCGGAGGGGGAUUUGGAGCUAACAUAGACCCUGACGGUGGCGGCACAAUGCCAGACCAACACUGUCCCUACAGCAUCCUCCACCUACUCAGCCACCUGAGGCAGCCAGAGGCCCGCAGCCAACCCAGCAAUAGCACAAGAGAGCUGGUCAUGAGAGUCACCACAGUCUGAGGAGCCAGUUGAGGCCUUAUCUCACACGGGGGAGAAAGAUUUCCGAACCAGCUGACAGUUGAAAACAAUUACUAUUUUAACUGCACUGGAUUACAGUAAUAACAUGUUUUUGUUGAUUUUGAAACGCAUCUCUGAUGUCCUAAUCUUGACCAAAUAAAAGUUGAAGUGGUUUGAUUUGCA